CGUUUGUAUAACUGCCCGGCUGGUACUAAAAACGCCAAACACCGGAGCUUACCACAGACCUCGAACCACCAUCGAGUGUCAGUUAAGCACGGCCAGUCGACGAGUUCAAACAAAUAGAGCGGUAACUUAAGUUUACAACGAGAGAUUCGAUAACGAAAAAGCAAUGAGAACUUUUAGUUGCAUACUCCUCCUAACAGCCCUGGCUGCCCAAGGCUGGGCUGAAAAUCUCUGCCUUAUUGAUGCCAAUGCCGCCGACAUACCCAAAACCAUACGCUCCGAUCUCUACAGAGGUCAACAGGAAUUCACCCUAAAUAUGUUGGAGGCCAUUCAAAAGGCCACACCCAACGAGAAUAUUUUCUUCUCACCCUACAGUACCUUCCAUGCCCUGCUCUUGGCCUAUUUUGGUGCCGAUGGCAAAACCGAGGAAGAAUUAGUGCAGGGUCUGCGUCUGCAAUGGGCCAAGAACAAGAAACAUGUCAACAACGGCUAUCGCCUGGAGAAACAGAUGCGUUACAGCCGCACCAAGAAAAUGCCUUUGGAAUUCAGUGCCGCUGAUCGCAUUUACUUCGACAAGUCCAUUAAUUUGGCUGCCUGCAUGCAGGAGAACUUCCAAGAUGAACUGGAAUCGUUGGACUUUAGGAACAAGGCCGAAGAGGGACGCAUGGAAAUCAACAACUGGAUUGCCAAUCUCACCCGUAACGAAAUCCCCGAAAUGUUGAAUCCUGGCGAUGUCACCUCUGAUAGUCAAAUGGUUUUGGCCAAUGCUGCCUACUUCAAGGGACAAUGGUCGGAUCAAUUUGAUGCCAAGGACACCAAACAGGAAAUCUUCUACACGACGCCCAGCCAAUAUCAGUUCGUGCCAAUGAUGCAUAAACGCGGUGUCUUCAACAUGGCUGUGGAUGAGAAUUUAGGUGCCUAUGUCCUGCAAAUGCCCUAUUUGACAUCCCAUGAUGAGGAAAAAGAAUCGGAAAUCUCAAUGGUCAUUGUAUUGCCACCCUUCGUUGAGGGUGCACUCGAAAAGGUCUUGUCCAAAUUGAAACCCGAUUCGCUGGAAAAUGCCCUGAAAAUGGCCUCACCCAAGGAAAUUGAUAUCUCGCUGCCGAAGUUUGAAUUUGAACAGAAUUUGGAAUUGGUGCCGAUCCUCCGUAAAUUGGGCAUUAAUAGCUUGUUCGAUCACACAGCCAACUUGAGUGGUUUCUCCACCGAAUCAAGUCUAAUGUUUGGCGAUGCCAAACAUGUUGCCAAAAUCAAGGUUGACGAGGAGGGCAGUACGGCCGCAGCAGCCACCGUUGUGUUCAGUUUCCGUUCGGCACGUCCAGCAGAACCCACCAAAUUCGAAUGUAAUCAUCCCUUUAUGUUCCUGAUCUAUGACAACACCGCCAAGGCUGUACUCUUUACGGGCAUUUAUCGUGAUCCCAAGACCCAGAAGUAGGUUUCCACGAAUAUGGAACCUCUAUCACAUCCAGUGAAUUGAGAAUUAUUUUUUCCAAAAGUUCUCUGACCUGUGUUUUUUUUACUCGUCAUCUCUUUUCUUUUGAUUUAUUUUUUCGCUUUAAUUUUAACUACUGCAGCUGCUGCUAAAACCACGACAUUUGCUUUUUUUUGCCCUAUUCUUUGUCUAUUGUUUUAUGUUUUUUAUUUACAACAACAACAACAAAAAAGAGGACGUGCUUAAUAAUAUUCUUUUCUAUGUGUGUGUUUUUUUUUUUUUUUUUUGUUUUAUUUCGUUUAUUAUUAUUUUAAUUUUAUUUAAUUUGUAUUUUAUAAGUUUUUUGUGUUUUAUUUGAAAUAAAUUAUAUUAAUAAUAAUAAUAAUCAUAACAAUGACCGUUAGGGUAAUUUAUAAUAAAAAAAAAAGGAAAAA